CGAGGGAGAAGCAGCAGCAGACCAUGUACUCAGACAGCCGAUUAUGAAAGGCUUGAGGAUCUUCAACAGAGGAGGAGAGCUGACAUGCAGGCCAGACUACAAUCACUUGAAGCAGAUCAAAGAGAUGGUCUGCUCCAAUUAGUGCUAGACAGAUUACCUGGACUGCUGUUUGAUCUCCUUGCACUGCAAGACAAUCCUCAAAUACCUCCUGUAACUGGACAUAUGCAUUGGUGUGUGUGUUCAAACUGUAGAGACAUGCCUACAGAUAUUGAGAGACUCUGCUGUGGUCAGCAUCCAGACAGCUGCAUUAGUAAACUGCCACACAUGGACUUCUACAUCCUGGAUGAGGGAGUUCUGCGUCUAGCUCGUGCUGCGUGGAAUGACAUCUUUGCAGUCGAUGAUGUCCAGGAACCAGGUGAAGAGCAGCGCUCUUACAGACAUGCAGCUUAUAGGAAUUUCGUGCUCUGGCAACAUGGGCGUUUGGGGGAGGGCAACAGAACGGUCAUAGCAAGCUGUGUUGUGUGGCGCAUUAGGGACAAGUAUCCAGAUGCUAACGGACAAUACACAGGCUUUAGAGUGCGCCGGCUUCCAUGACUUAUUAUCAAUAAAAAGAGUACAUGUGUUAUA